AUGUUAGAUGCAGAAGUAACGAGACCAAAUAUUGCAAAUUUCCUCCGAUGCCUUCGUGACCGGACUAGUACGGAGAAUCCGAUCACAGAAGCCCUCUACACUCCCGAUAAUUCCACCUUCGUCUCAUCUUAUGUGUCCUACGUGAAAAACAAAAGAGAGCUCUUCUUGAGAGCAAUGCCUAAUAUCACAACAGAGGCUAAAUCCGGCGCUAAAACCAUCGCAGUUAUGUUUAUUGCUCAGUUCUUAGGCUCGUCGGAGAAGCUCAUUGAGAUUAUAAACAACAAUUUGCCUGAAUUAGAGCUAAAACGUGAAGACUGCUACGAAAUGAGUUGGCUUAACACGACGACGUUUUGGGCGGAUUUCCCGGUGGGGACACCGACGAGCGUUCUUCUGAAAAGACCAUCGGAUCCGCCGGGAGCAUUCUUCAAAAGCAAAUCUGAUUACGCACGAGCAGAGUAUUCCUCCUGUUCGUACAAUGUAAUAGGAUUUCUUGUGUUUCAAUAA